AUGUCCACGGCCAAGUCCCGGCCGCCAUACACGCAGGUAGGAGCGGUCCGGUACAUGGCGCCCGAGAUGCUGAUGGACAUGCCGGACUACGACGAGCGCGUCGACCUGUGGUCGCUUGGCUGCGUCAUGGCAGAGCUCCGGCUGCGCGAGCUGUUUCCCAGUGAGAUGCUGUCGCCGGAUGGGUUCGACGUCUUGAAGGGGCUCCUCACACUCACGUGUAACCCCAAGGAGAGGCUAACGGCAGCCGCCGCGCUCCGAAACCGUGCACGUGGUUCCCUGACACCAUCAGUGCUCCUGCUUCCAAAAUAG